AUGGAGACUCGUUUAGGAGGAGACCGUGCUAAUGGAAUCACAAACCAACUUCCCUUUGAUAAUGCUAUUCACAUUGAUACUAUAGGCUACGCUGGUGGUUUGUGGCUACUUUGGAAUUCAGAUAGGGUGGAUAUUACUCUCUUAUCAAAAAUGGAGCAGGAAAUCAACGUUACUUCUAAGGUAUGUCACUAUAAUUGUUCUUGGUUAUUAUUUGUUGUCUAUGCUAGUCCAAGGCUUGCAAAGCGUUCCAUCUUAUGGGAAAAUCUCUCCACUUUAUCAGAAAUGCAUAGCUUGCUGUGGGUAAUUGCAGGAGACUUUAAUGAGCCCCUUAAUGAUGAAGAUAAAUUUGGGGGCAGAGGAGUUAGUGUCAACAGGUUUAUGCUCUUUAAGGAGUGCCUUGAUAAGUGCAACAUGUUGGAUUUGGGCUUCUUGGGGCUAAGAUUUACCUGGACAAACCGAAGGGAUGUUAAUGUGUUCAUUCAAGAGAGAAUUGAUCGCUAUUUUGUUAAUCAUGACAGGUGUGCAAUUUAUCUGGAGGCUAGAGUAACCCACCUCACCCGCUGCCACUCAGAUCAUUGUCCGGUUCUUUUGGAAACCUUGCCGAGCAGCUCCACCCACAUUUUGAGACCAUUUAAAUUUCAAAGUUUUUGGCUGUCCGGUCCUACAUUCCCUUCUUUGGUUUCCAAGGAGUGGGCUCCCUCUCGAAAACUACCUAUGGCAAUUGAAGGCUUUACCCAAGAGGCUCAACGUUGGAACAAGCUCCAUUUUGGGAAUAUCUUAGCUAAGAAAAAACCUCUUCUCGCCAGAUUAAAUGGAAUCCAGAGAGCUUUGGCAAAUGGGCCUUCUUCUUUCCACAUUGAACUUGAAAGGAAGUUGCAUAGGGAGCUUGAAGUUGUUCUUGACCAGGAGAGAGAUUUAUGGGCUUUAAAAUCAAGGGUGAAUUGGAUGAUUCUCGGUGACCGUAAUACAGCAUUUUUUCACAUUUUGACCUAG